GUUAAAUACUCUUCAAUCAUUCAAUGCCUCCACUCAUAAACCACCCAGCUUUAAUUGACAAAAACGAUGUCUGCGCCACCGUCCGUCACCGAAAUCGAAGUGGAGGGCAAUGUGUUUCCGGCGACGGUGACGCCGCCAGGCUCCGCCAAGACCUUUAUUCUCGGCGGCGCAGGUGAGAGAGGAUUGAAUCUGGACGGGAAGUUCGUCAAGUUCACGGCCAUCGGCGUCUACUUGGAAGCUGAUGCCGUUUCGUCUCUCGCCGUUAAAUGGAACGGCAAAAGUCCCGACGAGUUGACGGAUUCCGUCGAAUUUUACCGGGACCUCAUUACCGGUCCUUUUGAGAAGCUGACACAGAUAAGAAUGAUCUUGCCAUUGAGUGGGAAGCAGUACUCGGAGAAGGUGACCGAGAACUGCAUUGCUCACUGGAAAGAGUUGGGGAUCUACGGUGAUGCCGAAACCGAUGCCAUCGACAAGUUUCUUCAGGUUUUCAGUGACCAAAUGUUUCCCCCGGCCGCCUCCAUCCUCUUCUCUCAGUCGCCCUCUGGCUCUCUAACGAUAAGCUUCUCCAAAGAUGGCGCGAUACCCGAGACAGCGAACGCGGUGAUAGAGAACAAGAACCUAUCGGAGGCGGUGCUGGAGUCCAUCAUAGGCGUCAACGGCGUUUCUCCGGCAGCGAAGCGGAGCCUCGCCCUCCGGUUAUCAGAGCUGCUCAAGAAGGGAAAAGAGACUGGUGAAGAGAAUGUAUGAAUGAAGACAUGUUCCAAAAGAAGAAAGAAGAUUCUCCUCUUGGAAAUGGCAUGCAUGAAGAAAUGGUCUAUGUUUUAUUCAGAGUUAAAAAGUGAAAGGGGGAGUAAGACAGAAAUAAUGUUGUGUGCUGUUUUAUGUUUGUUUUAUUGGCUAUGUAGACUGUUGAAAUAUUGUAAUACUAAUAUUGCUCCUUGAAUUAUGAAAUUACUAAAUCACCAUCCGUCGUUCCAAGACUCAUCGGUUCCUCCGAUCCAUGCUGGCCGCUGUCUAACGGAACACUCAUAGACUCCAACGCUGAGAAUCUCCCUCCUUUAAUACGCUAAAUAUGCCAUCUUCCUUUGCCAAUUAACUCCUCAAUUUUUUUGAAUUAGAGAAAGUGGUUGAAGGCUAUAGCUCAUCAUUCUUCAAAGAUAUCAAGAUUUGGAAUUACUCUCUUCAUCCUAAUUUUUUUGCUUCUUCCUAAAUUUUAUUCUAAUAUGCCUCCUAAAAUAAGAAAAUAUGAAUAUGUAAAAAGAAAGAAAGGAUUGAAGAUUUA